AUGAACAAAUUCUUGAAGAAGAAGGCCGCUGAUGGGCCCGCCUUCAACGACGAUGAUCUCGCAAUCUCCACCCCGACCUCGCCCGUCCUCAACCCCACCUCCAAAAAGUCAUCCAACAGCAGAUGGAAGAAGAACAACAAGAAACAGCCCGAGCCCAAACCCCAGCUUGACCUCACCGCAGCCCUGCCAUCGACAGACGAUUUCCGCACCAGCUUGAUCAUGCCCAGUCUCUCCACUCGGUUUAGCAUGCUCAGAGAGCAAGACGACCCCAAGUCGCUGCUUGGCAAGGCUAGCGACGACAGCGUGCUCCAGUCGCGUCGGAAAUCGCGAAUGAACGACUUCGGCUUCGGCGUGCCGGGCCUCGCCGAUAUUGCAGAGGUCGCAUCCAUCCAUGGCUCCGUUCGACCGCCUUUUGCGCACGAGAGCAGACAACACUCGCUUGUGUCGGAGGAAGGUUACAGCAGUGAGGCGGACAAUGCAUCGCACAGCGUGAUGAGUCGAGCUCGGCCGGGGGAAGGGAAUAUACUCUUUGGAGGUCGUCAGAAGAUUUACAAGAUCCCUACCGGUGGUGCGACUUCCACCCGGAGCCUGGGGAGGCUUGUCUACGAGGACGAUGUCGGCAUGUCUGCCUUCCAGAAAUACCGGCAAAAGGAGAGAGAGCAUGACGAGAGCCAAUUCCCUCGAAGUUCCGACGAAUCGCAAGCCUUUGACUUCGGACUCGAGCCCGUCGAGCCUCGAUAUCACGACGACUCGGGCCUGGAUACGCUGCCCAACGACUCCGCAAAGGAUCUCUCGCAUUCUCCCUCGCUCUCCUCGUACGACAAGAAGCGGUCGACCACCUCCUCGACUGCGCGGUCAGAGGCCCGUUCUUCGACUGCCGCGACCUCCGUUGCCUCCCAGCCAUUGACGAGCGCACAGCCGUCACCGGCUCAGACACCGGCAACCAUGGUCUCCAGUGGUAAUACCGCGGCGCCUUCGCCGACUCCCGGAAUGUCACUCGAGCGGUCGAACACGAAGCAACGCAGGUUGUAUGAACAAGGUCUCGAUCAGCACAUGCAGGAACAGCAGACAUCUGCACUCACCCGUCUGAACUCCAUCCAGCGACAGAGAGCUCUCAGCGGCAAAAAGUCACCUCCCUUCUUGCAUGGUGCUAAGAGCGCCAGCAAUCUGCAGGAUCGAUCCGCCCAGCCCUUCUACGCUCUUGGCCCGGCUUCACCACCACCUACCGCGCCUCUUCCUCAGCUGAAGACUUUGGGAUCGAUUCGACACCCGCACUCGGGCACAAACAGCCCAUCGCUGAGCAAUCCCCAAUCCCCGAUCGAUCUCGAGCAGAAUGAUGUCUGGACUCGUGCAUUGGAGCCUGGUGACAGGGGCAAGGCCACGGCGAUGGGUGCAUUCAACAAGCCGGCGCACGCAUUUGACGAGAAGCAGUAUCUCGAGCGUCAGAAAGCGCUUCAGCGAUCGAACUCCAAUGCCGUGAUGAAGAACAAGGCUACUCCUCAAGCUGCAGCCGGCGCACCGCAAGCUGAUCAGCAGGAAGAGCCUUCGUCUGUGGAUGCCGCCGCCGCCGCCGCACGAGCACGCUCGGAGUCGGUGCCGAAGAAACACGAGCCGACAAAAGCCUACAACGUAUUUCAAAAUGCAGCUAACCAGUUGCCAAAGCCACCGCAGCCAACAUCUGCAGCGCCCGUGAAAGCCUCCCUUCCCGACACCCACCGAACAUUCUUCGGCAAUAUCAGCGCAAGCGAGGACGAGGAAGAGGAUGGAGAGUCGUCCAUUGCACAAUCUUUCUCAGAGUAUGGAUACGGAAUCUACCAACCACAGCGAUGGCAGCCCACGCCCUUGCAGCCCGUGUCUGAGCAUCCUGCUCUGAGGAGCGAGCACUCGAAGACGACAUGGGCCGAAGAGGACGAGGAGAUGGAGCCACGGCUUCCGAAGCAAGCGGCCUCUGCUCAAUCCCUGAAGAUCGAUCCUGCAAAGUCCAGAUCUGCGACAUCACCGCCCCUCGACUCACCCACGUUGGGCCCGCAGGCACAGCCUCUGAACGGUAUGGUACAUCAUCUCCGCCAGCGAAGCAAUCAGUCUUCGCUCUAUCCCAACGAUGAUCGGGUACCACGGGACGACGAUGUCCCUGACGUUCCCGAGGUGCCGUGGAAUUCAAAGACAACAGACUCCUACGGCCAGACAUUAGGAGCAGGAAUGGACAACCACUCUCGUCGUGGCUCUUAUGCCAUCUCGAAUCCGUGGGACUUGGACGAGCCGAGCUUCACCGAUUAUUCUCACGCGAGCCGUAGCUCCCUGCGACCGUACGACGAACACUCUGGCAUGGACAUGGCUUCAAAUCGUGGCUCUGAGACCUCUUCCGCGCAAGAGGGUGUUUCCGAGACUCGACCGACAAUGGUGAGAGAAGACUCUGAGAUUUCCUUGCUACCAGGACCGGAGCCUGCGUGGCAGCGCGAGUUGCGCAAGCAACACGUGCGCGAGGCCAGUACAGCAACGCAGCAAGAACGAGACGCAUUCGCCAACGAGCUCGCGGCACGGCGCAAUGCUAUCCAAGAGAACAUCAAGAGCAUGGUAGAGCGCGAUACUCAUUCGCGAGGUACAAGUCCCGCGCCUUCGGCUUCCAACGCAAUGCGGGCGUUCGGUAUGUUGCGAUUGAAGAAUAGUAGAGAAUCGAUGGCACAUGUGCACGAUCAGCCACCGAAGGCGCUCAAGAACCUUGCCCACGGCAUGGAAGGCGGCCGCCCUCGUAACGAUUCGUCGCCGCGCAUUUUCAUGCCAACGGCUCAGCAUCCAGCUUUCAAGGCAGACGGAGCGGGCCCAUCGCGGGACAUGGAUGCCAUGCAGGCUGAACGUGCUCUUGCCACCAGUCGAUCUUUCCAAUCGAGCGAAGAGCAUGCGAGGAGUCGCUCAAACUCGGCAGCCACUACUGGACGCUCUCGUAGUCGCACCGGACCCUACCGAGACGAUCUCGAGAAGGCCAUGGUCGAGGGCAGAGGCUCUAGUGCAGCUGCACGGACACCCGACAUAUGCCCAUUCGCAGGAGCAUCACCAGACAUGAUGUCCAGAAGCAGUGACGAAGACAAGAGCCCUUUCGAUACGAAGAACAACUCGCGCAUCGCACAGAACGGGCCUUCACCCGUGACACUUGCGCCCAACGUGUACGCUCCAGGCCGACCUGUCCCCAUGGCGAAUCCGUACUCGCAGAACCAAACGCCUCCACUGGAAGGCUCAAGCCCCAGUCUCGGCACAGAAGUAUACUCUCCAAUAAUGCCUUCAUCUGGAAAGCCCGGGCACCUGCUACGGAAAAAGACCAUCUCCAAGCAUGAGAUUUCGGAGCCCACUCUGAUCUCUUCGACAUCCAACGUCGACACUGUGGACCUGCCAUCAGGCGCGUCUCUCAAGAACGGCAUGGAAGAUGCUCCUCCGAUACCACCGAUCAACCCAAGACGUCGAACAACACGCAAGAUCUUCCGUCGAGGACGAUCAGACUCGAAUCCGCAUGGCGACCACGAGCCCAAGGCGACCGCAUCCGACCCUGCCUUGAACAUCUCGCCGAAGCGGAACAAUGAGUACCCCUUCCCGCCCAGCAGUGUGGUGCGCUUGCCUUCUGUGCGGGAUGCGGACAACAGCCCUGCCAUGCCACAGAAUGGCUUCAACCGGACCGAUAGCCCUGACCUUUCAGUCCCACCUGUUCCUCAGCGGCCCGUCACCGCACCACUGGACGGAGGCAUGUUCUAG